AUGGCUAGUGAGGAUCGGCCUGGGGAUAUCCAAAGGCAGCAGUCCAAUUGGGCGGACGAGAUCAAGCAGAGAGACCAUCCAACAACGAGAGACGAUGAGACUGCUGGUACAUCUGCCAAUGCGGAAGGGCAGGCCGGCGGCGGGGAGCUUUCCGACCUCAUUAGGACGGUCUCGACCAUCGAGUCCCAGGUGGGGUCGUUAGAGGAAGCCAUGGAUCCUCGGGGAUCACUGACCGAGCUUGCGGGGGCCUACGGCCGACAGGGUUACGAGUCCCUGGGGUCCAUGCUGGGGCAGGCUCGAACGGCGACGUCCGAAGUGGCAGAGAGAGUGCAGGCCUCGGGGGGCUCCGCAGCGGAGAUGGUGGUCGGGGGCAGGCCCCUGACCCGGACGGCCACCCUGGAAGACGUCAUCAACGAGGCCGACGAGCGGGAAGAAGUGCACCGGCGGCAGCAGCAGCAGCAAGACGCCGCCGAAAGCGGCGGCGGUCGUGGUUUCGGCGACGGCGGGGAUGAUAGCGCGAUGCGGGAAGCCCGUCCCGCGAAUGACGAGCGGGGGAUACCCGGGGUGGCGGACGGAGGAGGAUUCGGUGGUGACCAUCCCGGAGGGAGGCAUUCGGAGACCCUCUCUACGAUGACUGCUGCCACUGCCACUGAGGGGCAAGGGUCAGACGGAGGAACAGUUGCGUUGGCGUCACCGAUGGAGGUGGAGGCGUCGGCAACCUCGGCGGGGGCUCCGCAGGAUCAGGUGGCCGGGGAAGGGGGGGUCGGGGUGUUCUCGUUCGGGCGGGGGGAUCUCGGAGCCCUGCUGCACUCGGACGAUGCGGACCACUCGGCUAAGGAAGGCCCCGUGGUGGUCAAGAACCACCGGUCCGUGCUACAGGUGUCCACCUCGCUGUUCCACACCAUGGCCGUGACCGCUUCGGGCGAGAUCCUAGGCUGCGGCCAGAACGACGAGGGGCAGGUCCGGCCCGAUCUCCUGACGGAGGCGUUCUUGCCGCGGCCGUCCCUGGUGGAGCCCGUGCUCUCCCAUCGUAUCACCCAGGUGGCCUGUGGGCUGUACCACACGGUGUGCGCAACGGCCUCCGGCAUGGCCAUGUCGUGGGGGGGAAAUGAGUCCGGACAGCUCGGACACAGCGGGGAGAUCACACGGACCGUGCGCCCCAUGGUGGUCCAGGUCACCGGGGCGGGACAAUCGUGGUCGUCGAGACGGCGCGCUUCGAGAGUUGCAUGCGGCGAUCUCUUCACGCUCAUCCUCACCUCUCGGGCCGAGUAUUUUCGGGCAGUUCUCUAUCCCUUCGGCGUUAUUCCGCACGUUUACUGGGUUUCAAUUUCGACUCUCUUCCGCACCCUCUCUUCCUUCAUCCCGUUGGUUUUCAUCCCUCUCUCCUCUCUUUCCCCUCACCUUUCGACCUAA